UUUGACGGGUUGUUAGCAGAUCUCAUCAAAGCAGCUAGCCUGCCUGAGUCUCUGCAGAAGUGAGCGCUGAGCUAUCCUGUGCGUGCAGAGAACACGAUUUGGGAAUAGAGCUCCUGCAUUGAUUUGUGAACUGCAGUCAAGUACUCGUUCCCAAUACUGUGUCCUUAUGAAAUUCACGGUGGAAAAUUGCCUGCCUUCAUAAGAUAAGGGUUUGGUGUUGAGCAGUGCCAGUACUGCACAAUCUGCCGAAGAAACGAGAAGGUUGGUGCUGGAACGGGUGCGUGCUGUCACCAAUAUCAACCCGAUACGGGGGAAAGAUGAUGCCCAACAUGUGCGUCCGUUGGGGGAACAUGCGCCAGUACAGGGAGAAGAAAGAGCUGGACAAGGAUUGCAUGGACAUCACAGUGAUGAAGCCCCAUAUGUACGUGGUUCCGUCCGGCAGGCAUCCCCCACUAGCCCUCAAGUCCUACAUGAGAAGCGAGGACGAGAUCAAGCCGAAGAAGAAGCAAGGAAUGGCGGGCAGAAUGUCCGCAAAUUUCUCUGAUUUGAUCCACCGAGUCGCCGGCUCGUGCCUCAUCCAGACGAUCGGGCAAGGGGAGGAGGAAGCGGAGGAGAAGAGCGAGUCUUUCCUGGACGAUCACGAUGAAUCAACCUACUCCGAUUACGAGGACCAGGCGGAGAGAGGCGAGCUGGACCACGAGCACGAAGAUGAGAGGAAGAUGUCAGUCACCGGCGCGGGGAAGGCGGCGGAGAAGCUGCAGGCAGCGGAGGUGUUGAUGAUGGAGGUUUUCGAGGCCGUCUCCGCCAUGAAGAAGGCGUACGUGAGUCUCCAGGCUGCGCACAGCCCGUGGGAUCCAGAGAAAAUGAGGGCCGCGGACGCUGCGGUGGUGGCGGAGUUCAGGCGCCUCGGUCGGCUUCGGGAGCGCUUCCGGCGGGGGAGCCCGGCUGCGGCGGCUGCAGCGGCAGCUGAGAGGGCCAUGGUGGCGUAUGAUCCGGAGGUCGAGGAGCUGAGGAAAGAGGUCAAAGAGAAGGAAGCGCAGGUGGAGAACCUCCGGGAGCGGCUGAAGCAGGCAAGCGGGAGGAAGGGAAGGACCAGGCGGGCCUCCGCCCGGUUCCGGGAAGUGGUGCAUGCGCCGACGCCGGAGCUCUUUGAGUUGUGCAUGAACCAGGUGAAGGAGGCGUCCAAAGCCUUCACGGUCCUCCUCCUUUCGCUGAUGCGCUCCGCUAACUGGGAUAUAGCCGCCGCCGUCCGCUCCAUCGAGGGGGGCACCAAUGCAAUGACCUCCUUCCCCAUCAUAGCCGCGGCCGCGGCGAAGCACCCCCACCCUACUCACGCCAAGCAUGCCAUUGAGUCGUACGUGUGCCGGAAGAUCUUCAACGGCUUCGAGAACGAGGCCUUCUAUCUGAGCGGCAGCCUGACCUCGCUCAUCAACCCGGAGAAGCACCGCAGAGAAUGCUUUACGCAGUACCGCGACAUGCAGUCGAUGGACCCGGUGGAGCUGCUAGGCAUCCUGCCGGACUGCCAGUUCGGACGGUUUUGCGGCAAGAAGUUCCUCGCCAUCGUCCACCCUAAGAUGGAGGAGUCCUUCUUCGGCAACCUGGAGCAGAGGCGGGUGGUGGUGAACGGGGGCCACCCCAGGACGCAGUUCUACGGGGAGUUUUUGGCGCUGGCCAAGGCUGUGUGGCUGCUGCACAAGCUGGCCUUCUCGCUGGACCCUCCACCCUCCCACUUUCAGGCCACCAAGGGGGCGGAGUUCCACCCGACGUACAUGGAAAGCGUAGUGAAGUUCCAGGAGGGAGUGGCGCCGCCUGGUCUGGUGGUCGGGUUCCCCGUCUCCCCGGGCUUCAAGAUCGGCAACUUCGUCAUCAAAUCGAGGGUGUUCCUUGUCAACAGGACGUCGUGAGGGGGCUGCAAAUGCAAGCCAAUGAUCAGCCUGUUUUGGUCUCCUCGGCCUUCAGCCUCAGCGAAAGAGUCUCUGUCGAAUCUCUCCUAUACGAUACGUUUCUUGCUUCCGUUGACUACAUCGACUCGCUCUUCCCUGUGUGUGCUUGUCUGUUCUGUGCAAAGGGCAAUGUGCAUGGUGUGUGCUUUCUGCUUGGGUUUUCAAAGGUAGCACGUGACGUCACUUGUGCAUGUAGCUUGUAAGUAAAUAAUCAUGAGCAAGUGAUGCUGUCUAGGGUUUUGAUUUUGUGCUUAGGGGUUUUAUGGGUAGCCAUGUGGGCAGUAGUUAGAGAGUUUGGGGCUUUGUUUGAUCUUGUGUUUAGAGGUUGUGCAAGGGUUCGUAUUGGUCAUAAGCAUUAUUUGAAGAGUUGUGGCAUUAUUUGGUUUUCUGUUUUAGGGGACUUGUAGGGCUCCGUAUGGCCAUGGACAUCGUCUGGAAUUAGAGACUCAAGGCUCUGUUCUCUAAUUGCGGUUAUCAGUUAUGUGUGUAGUCUGUAACUGUGCGUGGUUAAAGAAGUGCAGAACUUGGUGCAAGUACGUCUCUUUCUUAUCUUAAUAUAUUUCUGUCGAGCA